UUGUUCUUUACGAUGAAACAAAACCGCGGGAGAGCGCUGAGCGGUGGAGAACUACAUCCAGGCACUGGGCAUUCAAAUGAUUUUUAGCUGCGAUGUGCAAAAACCCUAGGUGCGCGGACAGAAGGGAGCCAGCCAGAAGGUUACGACAGGUCAGGAAUAAAUAACCAGCAGGCGGAGGAUCCCUCAGAUUCCGUCCUUCCUUUUGUCGGGUGCGGAGCGCCGGGCGAGCGCGUCCACAAAGGCUUUGGGAAGAAGCGGUUCCGCGGUGCACACUCGGCUCCAGCCCCGGUGGAACAGGAAUGGAUGGAAAGAAAUUCAGCGUAUGGAUGUUUUUACCUCUUGUAUUUACUUUAUUUACUUCGGCUGGAUUGUGGAUAGUAUACUUUAUAGCUGUGGAAGAUGACAAAAUUUACCCAUUAAAUUCGGCUGAAAGGAAACCUGGUGUGAAGCAUGCACCAUAUAUAAGUAUUGCAGGUGAUCAACCUCCUGCAAGCUGUGUGUUUAGUCAAGUCAUGAACAUGGCAGCUUUCCUAGCUCUUGUGGUAGCUGUUCUGCGCUUCAUACAACUGAAACCAAAGGUUUUAAACCCGUGGCUGAAUAUUAGUGGAUUGGUGGCCCUGUGUCUGUCUUCUUUUGGAAUGACCUUACUUGGUAAUUUUCAGCUCACAAAUGAUGAAGAAAUCCAUAAUGUUGGCACCUCCUUGACCUUUGGAUUUGGCACAUUGACGUGCUGGAUCCAGGCUGCACUGACACUCAAAGUCAACAUCAAGAAUGAAGGACGCAAAGUUGGAAUCCCACGAGUUAUUCUCUCAGCAUUGAUCACUCUCUGUGUGGUCCUCUACUUCAUCCUCAUGGCCCAAGGCAUCCACAUGUACGCAGCCAGGGUCCAGUGGGGCCUGGUCAUGUGCUUCCUGUCCUACUUUGGCACCUUCGCUGUGGAGUUCCGGCAUUACCGUUACGAGAUUGUUUGUUCUGAGUACCAAGAGAAUUUCCUAAGCUUCUCAGAAAGCCUGUCUGAAGCUUCCGAAUAUCAAACUGACCAGGUGUAACCUAUCAGUUUUUCCUUGCUGGUGAGCUGGGUGUGUCAGUGGGGGAGGGACCAGGAGGGCACACCCACUGGACUUGACACGUAACCUCACGACACAUUUUACACACACACACACAUUCGUGGCCACAUUUGCCAAAUGAGUUUUUUCAGGGCGAGUUAUUUCUGUAACAAAAAAGCACAAGCCCUUACAUGUCAAAACACACGCUGUUACACUGAAAAUAUAUGCACGACAGAGCAAGAAGUUUGUGUAUGAUCACCAGUUUUUCCCCCUCUCCCAGUACUCCCUGCUCUUCAUUCUCUUCACGUUUCACACAUUGCGAUCACCCUACCAUAGGGUAGAGCAGGCCAAAUGUAUCAUGGGAAUAAUGCCAAAUCCUGAAGUCGCCUUCAGAUCCCAAGGGCUUGGAACCAGCUCCUGAGAAAGUUCUGAACCUGGCACUAAUACUCUUGAAUGUAUAGUGUGUCGUCUAAUUGGAUGGAAGCUGUACAGAGGUUGACCCUGGGUGACCUGUGGGAACACGUGUGUUCGAGGAUAGAACUUCCCCACAAAAACUCCAUCACUAUCCAGUGGUUGGCUGUGAGGAUUCAGUGAAAGAGGAACACACUAUGAACUGUGAGAGUGAAGCCCACCGCCGUGAUUCGGACUUUACUGUGACCAAGAAAUAUUUCCAAAUGUGAACAUGUGUGGUCUGCUCAGCAUGGAACAGGAUGGGGCAGUGAGGGUGUGCUUUCACUGUUGCUUCUAGAGUAUGCUAUCUAUCAUUUUUGUUUUCUAGUUCAUGGCUUGCCUUCUUUUUUUAAAAAUAACCACCAAGGAUCUCUUGAGGCUUCAUGGACAGAGAUGUAGGCCAGAAGCAAGAGAUGAGCUUGUUUUGUUUUCAAACAUGAUAAAAGAAAAAAGACAAAAAGGUGACCUGCAGGCUUAAUGUGCUGCUUUUAUGUUUGAAGCUAAGACUAUGUUCACAGAAAAGCACAAAGAAACGCGUGGAGGUCAUGAAGGAGCUCCUGCUGGCCAUUUAUUAAAGACAGGAGUUUCCCAGCAUCUUGUCACAAGUCCAAGUCAGGGGAGAGUUUCUUCCUAUGUGUCUAUAGUCAAAUUUUGUAUUGGGGGUGGUGGUGAAGGGCUUUUCAGAUUCGGAACUUGUAGAAGCCAAUUAGAAGAUUACCCCCCUCCCCCUACGAAUUGGCACCGCUGUCCCCUAAUGCCUAACAUGUAGCCCCACCUGCUAAGAGUGUGGACCUCAAACUGUAGGCCUGGGCUCUUGAGGCUGUGCUUCAUAGAAAAGAAUUAUAAAUUCAACACGUGUUGGAGGUAGGCCACGUUGACAGACCCUCCCCGAGUGCACUUUGUUUUAAGAAAUUCCCAAAUUUACUUUAUAGGGGCUUGGGAUUUCGUGGAAUAUAAUGUGAAAACAUUUUUAUUUUUAAUUCAACCCAAACUCAGCUUCUUGAGGAGCGGGGGUGUCAAUGACUUUUCAUCUCUGUAUUUAUCUCCACCUCCUACACAGUGCCUGGCACAUCAUAGGUGCUCGCUCAACAAAUGUCUGUUGAACAGAAUUAUUGGUCAUUUAAGAGUAGGAAAAAGGAGUAUCAGAGAAAGACUCAAAGACAAGUGAGAGAAUGGAAGAUGACUGUUCCAAGGAAAACGCGAAUGGUAGGAGGAGUGAGAAUACUUAAAAUUUGUGAGGAAAAUAAUCAAGGAGAGAAUAUUCUAUUAUAAAGGUAUCUUACUGUAAAUAGUCCAAGGUGACAUUUAUCAUUUUGGAAUACUGCUUUUGGGGUUUUUUUGUUUUCAUUUUUAUAUUUUAAACAUUUUAUCAGAGAACAAAGAUUUAUGAAGUUCUCUGUUACUCUAUACAAUCCAAAUUAAACAGCUUUUGGUGAUGCACUGUACACUUUCUUAUGAGCAUAUCUUAUAUAGCACAUUUUAGCAGAAUCAAGCAAUGACUGACAUUAUUUGUUGGGAUCUGACCAUUAAAUAAAAUUUUUAUGCGGAACUGUGA